AAUAAUAUUAAUUUCUCACCUAACCAUCAAACUUAAAUAUCAUUGAUAAAAAUAUUAUAAAUAUUAAAUAAAAUCCACAGUAUCUAUAGAAAUAAUGGAAUAAGAAUAAUUCUCUUCAAUCUUUGUCGUUCUACUAAACAUAUUUUAAAAACCUAGUACAGCAAUAAAAAACCAUGGAAGAAUUUGGAAGAGAACCAUGUCCAAUGAGAAUAUUAGAAGAUCUUGGUGGAGCUUUUGCUAUGGGUCUCAUUGGUGGUGGUAUUUUUCAAGGUAUAAAAGGCUUCCGUAAUGCUCCUACUGGAGUUAACAGACGUUUUAAUGGAGCUUUUCAUUCUGUUGCAACCAAAGCACCCAACAUAGGUGGUAGUUUUGCCAUAUGGGGAGGAUUAUUUUCAACCAUUGAUUGUUCACUAGUGGCCAUCAGAAAAAAAGAAGACCCGUGGAAUUCUAUAGCUAGCGGUGCUUUGACUGGUGGUAUAUUAGCAGCACGUAAUGGAAUACCAGCUAUGACAGCUAGUGCUGUUUUUGGAGGAUUACUAUUGGCAAUGAUCGAAGGGUUUGGAUUAUUUUUUAUGCAUAUGUCAGCCGAACAAUUCAGACCUCAACCACCAGUAUUUGAAGAUCCAACUCAAAUUAACCAACCUAACGCUAGUUAAUUCAACAAGCCUAUAAAUAUUUCUCUUAGAGUUAUGUAUAAUAUUCUUAUAUGUAGUUAUGCAAUCAAUAUACUUGUUACUUUUUACUUAAUUAUAUAGAAUUUAUGUGGACAAAUGAUGAAAAGAAAUGGCCUUCUACGAUGACAUUUUGACGUUGGCCUUAGUUGAUAAAUUAUAAUAUUGUCAUUAAUUGUUUCUCAUUGAAAUAAAAUUUAAUUUUUAUUAUGAA